CACACGCGGAUAACUCGCACAGCCAGAGGAGGGCAAUCAGACACACAGACAGAGAGACACACAGACACACAGACACACAGAGAGACAGAGAGACAGACAAAUCGCGGACAGAAAACAAGAGGAGAGGACGGAGCUGCCGGGAGAGAGCGCAUUUUUUGGAGAUUCUCUGACUCAAAAACGCACGCCUUAAGUGGCAGAGUUGUAUUGUCUUCCGAAGUGGACUUUUUAAUUCGUUUGACGGGGAGUUCAAGAGACUCUGGCGGUUUCUUUAAACUUUGCAGCACAGGAAAGUGUGCCAGGUUAGACGUGGUGACGCGCAGCUUUGACCGUCCCGUUUGGAUGUGAAGCGGAGGAGCGCACGGGAGGAGGAGAAGAACGGCGGAGGAGAGACGGUUCACUCUCCGGUUCUGCUGUGAACAAGGGACACGGCAGAUUUUUGAGGGAUUUCUUUUUUUUUUCUUCAAAGAGGCAAUCCCCAGCAGGAAUUGUCCUGUGAAUGGGGCUUUCCUCCUCACCCCAGACGGAAUUAUAGUUUACUUUAAAGCUCAUCUUGCGCGGUGUCGUAUAGGUCAAGCAAAGGUGGAGCGCAAUUUUGGUCAAAAUGAGAUUAUUGAUGGGACCGACGCGGUAGUGAUCCGCAUGUGUUCCAAGGCAAGCCAAUAAAAUCAGAAGAUAUUAAAAAAAAAAGGAGAGCGCCAAAUAAACCCCUUUCCACAUUUAGUGAACAGUUCCAGUGGGUUGCACCGGCAGGAGGGAUGGAGACAGCCGGGAGAGACUUACGCGCGCUGGUUGGAUGUCGCCCCUGGAAGACGGUGCUUUUUCUUUUACUGUGGAAAGCAUCCGACAGCUCAUUAGCAGCAGCAGGAGGUGGUCCAGGUAGCGGGCCGGACUCCCCCCAGCCUCGUUUCUCGUCCUCUCUCCCUACUUACCUCCCUGUCCAGUGUCAGCUAAGUGGUGCUGACUCCGCCUUCUUCCUGCGAGAAGCCAAUCAGGAGGUCAUGCGUAACGGCAGCCUGUCAUCGCGAACCGAGCCUUUCUUUCUGCAGCAGCUAGAACCAGGCGCCGCUGCCUCGCACUCUCUGCCGACCGUCAAUUGCAGCUACGGAAAUCUGAGCAUCGAGCAGCCAAUCCCAGUGGAGCUCAUUCAGGGCCCUGCCCCUCAUCUGGUGCUUUCCACUAACCAGGUGACGUUGAACUGGAAGGUCAAAGGUCAGAUUGUGGUGCCUAAGGUGGGGUCAACGAGGCCAUGGAUACAGGUACUGUUUUACCUGAUAGGACGGCGCUGGGAUGAGCCUGACCCAAUUCCUACAUCCAUCCUCCCAUGUGUUAGAGCCUUGGCUGUCCGUGACUUGAGUGAAGCAGCACCCUCAGCAGGCUGCCGUCUUAUGGGACCAUCUGGCAUCUGUGUUGUCCGUCUGGAGCUUCCCCCAGCUUGGUUUACGCCGCCACAAGUGAGAAAAAGACCUCUGGAAGUGGCUCUGCCAUCCGUGGAUGUGUAUUUCUCUAUUAUACCGGUGGAAGGGGCUGGUCACGAGUGUCCCUCCACUGUUAGUGACCCAUGGAGAGCUCCCACUUCCGGCAUGGGAGCUCUCGGAGGCCUCGGCUUGGGUGGACAAUGGAGCCCCUUGGAGGAUGGAGGUCUUCAGGACAUGCAGAAAGCUGGCUCUGUGGAGAUGAGCAUAGGCCCUGUUUCUGCCAAAGGCCAAAGAUUGCAAUUAGAUGAAAAUGUGGAGGUUCUGAUGCCACCCAGCCCAGUUCGACUUGGCAAGACGGUGGCAUUUGGCGUCUAUAUGAAGAAAAAUUCAAAUACGGAACAGUUUACAUUAAGGGUGUGGUUCCAGUCAGGCAUCAACUUCCUCGCUGUGAAACCCAGCAACCUCGUCUUGUGGGAGAUCAAACAGGAAAUGGCACCGGGAAGCAGUUCGUUGGCAGUGAUGUGUCGGAGGAAGGCCUCCUCCACAGCAGAGAGAUUGGAAAGUCCCUCGUAUGAGGUGAUGCAGCUGGACUUUGAGGUGGACAACGUGAUCCACCUGGUGCCCACCCAGACACUACACUGGACCGUGGAAUACCCAACUGCUGCACAAACAACUUCCAAGCAGACGGAAAAAGUCUCCCACCUCUACAUCAGCAACACUGACAUCCAGGGCAUUGUGCCGCUGGCUGAGGACACAGAAGUGGUGAACACGGCAAUUCUUACCGGUCGCCGUGUAGCAGUGCCCAUCAAACUGGUUACCGUGGAAACCGAUGGCCAGGUGAGGGAGGUGGACGACUCGGUGACCUGCGCCUCAACCGACGUGGACGUGGUCAAGGUUUCCCCCAACUGUGACCAGGUUUUGGUGAACGGUAAGGAAAUGCGGGGUCGGCAGUCUUUGGCAGUGAACUUCACGUACCUGCACCUGUCUGCUCAGCUGCACCUCAACGUCUGGGUGCCCAAACUCCCCCUGCUGAUCGACGUGUCUGACACGGAGCUCAGCCAAGUCAAAGGCUGGAGGGUGCCCAUCAUCACCAACAAGAGACCCACCAGAGACAGCGAGGAUGAUGAAGAUGAUGACAGGAAGGGCAAAGGUUGCACCCUUCAGUACCAGUACGCUUUGGUGCGAGUCCUCACCCAUUUCGUAGCAGAACCCUCUGACCCCGGGGGGGAGAUGGUCUACAUGUUGGGUGCUGACUGGCAAGCUGAUAUCACUCAUUUGGUCAUGGACCAGUUAAAGGUGGAGAAUCCCCGCAUUGCCAGACUAGUAGAUGGAGGUAUCCUAAUUGGACGUGACUUGGGGAUCACCACUAUACAGGUUAUGUCCCCACUGUCUGACUCUAUCCUGGCUGAGAAGACCGUAACAGUGAUGGAUGAAAAGGUAACAAUCACAGACCUCGGAGUCCAGCUGGUUACAUCUUUGUCCCUCAGUAUGACGGCAAGUCCAGGAAAUUACCAGGCUAUACAACUUACAACAACAGCUUCAGACCUGCUGCACACACUGAAACAGGAAGCUGCGUUCAGUGCGUGGAUCCAGUACAGUGAUGGCUCGGUGACUCCUCUUGAUAUUUAUGAUCCCAAGGACUUCCUCCUCUCAGCUGUCUCAUUGGACGAGAGCAUCAUCUCUAUAACCAAUCAGGACCAGCACUGGCCAAUUAUAGUAGCGGAGGGUGAUGGACAGGGGCCUCUAGUCCGUGUUGAGAUGGUUAUCUCUGAAACUUGCCAGAAAUCCAAAAGGAAAAGUGUGCUGGCCUCCGGAGUCGGUAAUGUGGUAGUUAAGUUUGGAGCAAAGAGUGAGGAGAGAGGUGGACAGGAGGACGGGGGAGGCUUGGACAACAGCACCAGUGAUCAACAGACAAAAGAUGGAGGGGAGUGGAAGACCAACAGCGCAGCUGUGGACCGAGAGGAAGGAGCUAUGAGGAAGGUCAGCACAACAACCAAGAGUACAGUAACCCACCGUGCCUCAGGUGGCAAAGGUGCCAGUGGUGGCAGCAGCAGCCGCGGUGGGGGUCCCAGCCAGACCGGAGAUUACAGCAGCUACCCUGCACAAGUGGAAGUACCGGGGACGGGAAACAGUGAGCUGACUCAGACUACCAGAGGACUUUCAGACCUGGAGAUCGGCAUGUAUGCCCUUCUGGGAGUAUUUUGCCUGGCGAUACUAGUCUUCCUCAUCAACUGUGUCAGCUUUGCUUUCAGAUACCGUCACAAGCAGGUCCCUGUGCUGGAGGCCGGAGGGAACAUGAACCACGCCCAUGACUGGGUGUGGCUCGGCAACGAGGCAGACCUUCUAGCCGACCAAUGUCAGGGCGGGCUGCCCGAUGAGUGCACCACCAUCAUCGACCGGAGCGAGGGAGGAUACGAGGAGAACAAGUACCUCCUGAACGGGGCUGGAAACACCUUGGUGAUGGGUGUUGGCACGGGCAUGGGCACCAUUAGCAGGAGCAGCGGCGCAGGCGGACACAGGGGCAUCACCCAUGGACAAACCUUGCCAAGAUCUGUUCCAGAACCGCAUCAUCAGUGCCUUUCAGCAAUUACCGCAGGUGGUAAAGAUGUCACCGGCCAAACUGAGCAUCUGAAUAAUUCCCCCCGAGCCACGGCUGCAGCUGCAGCUGCCAAACGCAAACGUGUCAAAUUCACAUCUUUCGCCACCAUCAUGCCCAAUGAAAAUUCUGGCGGCGGUGGGCCGUACAGCAACUCCUCAGUCCUGGUGACCAGCGGUAAUGAGGAUGACAUCAAGUGGGUGUGCCAGGAUAUGGACAUGGGUCAGUCUGAAAUCAGAACCUACAUGGAGAGGCUACAAGACAAUCUGUGACUGAUGAGAAAGAAACUGCAAAAUAGAGAGGCAGAGGAUGAGUGCAGGAGGGAGAAUGGACAAUGAGUACAAUUCACCUUUAAUGCCUUUGCAAUGGAUUAAUGGAGGGAGAAUGAGAGGAAUAUUAUUGAAUAGAUGGUUUAGGGGAUGCUUACAUUUAGCUCCCCCUUAGGCGAUGGAAAGUCAUCACUAGCUCACACUAAAAGUAAUAGUAGCAAACAAGUAAUAUUAUGAGUUCAUCUUGUAUCACUUAUUGUGAAAAUGUAAGUGUAACAAUCAAUAAUGGUCAUCAUUGGUUAUGAAUUUUUAAUUUCAGAAAACCAGAAAGAUUAGAAGAAAAAAAAAUCACUGUAUUCAUAUGUUAAACAUGCAGGGUGUUUUAUUGGAAAACCUUUAUUAAGCCAUUACACAUUUAAACAAAGACAGUGGGAACUCGUCAUAUGAUAUAUUCCCAUUGUUGGCUGUCAAAUACUUAUUGGUCUAGUUUUAAUAUAUACACCUUUCAAUGAACUAUCAAGUCUCCUGAGUGGUUACCCAAAGAAUCACUGAAUUCUCUGACAAACAGAAGCAUUUUCUUUUGGUAUUACUCAGAAGAAACAUUUCAAUUGUAAAAGAUGUAUUUAUUCCAAGUACUCAACUAGAAAAUUCCGUCCUUUUUCAGGCAGAAGUUUGGGCUGGCCAGCUCUUAAUUCAGGCAGUCUUGCUCAAACUGCAGUGCUGAAAGCUUGAAAGGGAACGCGCCGUUGAAGAAGACCGUUUCUCCCUUUGAUCCAGAACAGAGGCAUUUAUUCUUGCACAAUUACAAAAAAGGAAAAGGACACCAGCCACCGUUGAGGCUUAGUUUCUAUUUCCUGGACCUUGGCUGCUUUCUCCCUGUAUUCAGAAUCAAUCUGGAGAUGCCCUCACCUCUCUCCUCAUCUGUGACUGGACAGCAGUAGGAGCUUUGCGAACUACAACACACAGCGGAAUACUGGCUGUAAACUAACGGGGGAAGGACCGAGGUGUCUCGCAUGAGAAGGAAGCUGCUUGAGCUUCGGAAAGCCCGACUGAACACUUUAAUAAUGAGGAUUAAUUAAAACAAAAUCCACCGUGUGAGCAACGAAACGGCCAGGAAAUGAUGACUGACAUUGCAGAAUUAAUGGAAGUGGAAUUAAUAUCUAACGAAGAGAUAUGUGUUCAAGAAACAUCUGCUGAACGUUAAAUAUAUUUUUCUCCUUUUGUUAAUACUUUUGAUAAAAAGUUUAUUAUGUUUCUCCCUUGUUAUUUUUUUCCUCAUUUAGGAAAAUAUUAAAUUGUAGCUUUUUAUUUUAGAGAUUUAUUAAGAGUAAGAAUAUAUGAUUCAUUUUUUUUUUCCUCUUUCUUAGGUACUUUAUUUAUUUAAAUUGACAUUUGAGAGGGUGAGGAAGGACAGAAAGGCUGAGGACAAAGACCUAACAUAAUUGACCCGGUGAAUGAUAGCACAUAGAAUACGUGAAGGAGGACAUAUUACGUCAAUGUUUCCUCACCUUCGUUAAGCUCAGGUGACGAGUCACGACGAACCGACAAUAAAAAAAGGAGGACUGUAAGAUUGUUAAGAUUGCAAUAUUUAUUUAUAAAUGUGUUACUGUUUCAGAGUACACUGUAUGUUGUAAAUAAAUAAACAUGCUUCAAAGUUCUUGUGAAUAAGAUUGCAGGUCACUAGCCAACAACGUAGUGAUAUUUUGUACGUUUUACAGUGCAAAUAUGGUACAAAAUACUAUCUACCGCAACAAUGUGAAAGUGAUCUCACUGGUUCUUUUUCUAAAGAUGUUCCUGUCUUUGUUUCAAGUAUUGAAUAAAUUCUUGUCUUUGUACAGGGUAGGAAUCCGUUUUCCUCCAUACUGAGAUGUAAAAAAUUGGAGGCAAUUCAUCAAAGCAUCACACUGGACAUUAGAACGGUGAUUUUAGACAACCAUUUCAGAAAGAAAACAGAACAAAGAGUUAUCGUGUUUAUGAGUUGGCUAGUCAAAAAAAAAAAAUUAUUGGAGAUUCUGGAGUCUCAAAAAAUCAGUUCUAUCUUUAAUAAUUUGUUAAUCAACAAACAUAAUGUUGCACACUGAAAUCAUAACUCAGAUUAUCAGGUCUGAAACAGCAACGACUGUGAAAAGGACUUAAAGUGGCCUCAUUCAGACCUCACUUUAAAAUGUGUCCUGAGAGAUCUGACUACAAGUGUCCAGCGCUUAAAGUGUGUGCUCAAAACCAGGACUAAAGUGUUUCCAAACUGGAUCUAUGUGCAAAUAAGCCUGCACUUAAUUUAUACUUGCUGACACCAAAACUGUUGCUAUUUUUGAUUACCAAAGGCAGCAGCCUGAAAUAACGAGAUGACGGUCUGCAACACACAAAAGGAUAUAUAUAUAGUACACAACACUAAUCAGGAUGUACAGGACUGUCUCAGAAAAUUAGAAUAUUGUGAUAAAGUUCUUUAUUUUCUGUAAUGCAAUUAAAAAAACAAAAAUGUCACACAU